CCUGAUCAGUGGCCUGCCUUUUGCUUACUCUUUGGGUGGUGUGAGCUGUCGGUGAGAGCGGCCCAGGGAGGGUUGGGAAUUCCUUGCCCUGCUUGGGCCACACUGUUUAUCGUCUGCUGGAGAUUGGCUCUUGGAGAAACCAUCUGCCUGGCCUUCUGUUCUAGCCUGUUUAUGAAUACGGUGUCUUGUGCUUUCUCUUGUUGGCCCGGAGGAAAGCACACAGUUUUUGGAAGCUCUGGAAUGUUGGCACUUGGAGGGUGUAGCGCAUGCAGCUCGGGGGAAGCUGGGACCUGGGAGGCAAGGCUGCCUCUUCUUGGCUCACUUCCUUCACUCUUCUCUCUCUCUCUCUCUCUCUCCUGUUGUUUUUCAGGCAGUGAAGCAGACUUCAGCUCCUCGAGCAGCACAGGCAGCAUCUCGGCUCCUGAGGUCCACAUGUCCACUGCAGGAAACAAGCGAGCCUCUUUCUCACGCAACCGAGGUCCCCAUGGGCGGAGCAAUGGAGCAUCAUCCCACAAGUCUGGCAGCAGCCCACCAUCCCCAAGGGAAAAGGAUCUUGUGUCUAUUCUGUGCAGGAAUCCAUUGAGUCCCAGUAACAUCCACCCUAGCUACGCCCCUUCUUCUCCAAGUAGCAGCAACUCCGGCUCCUACAAAGGAAGUGACUGUAGUCCAGUUAUGAGGAGGUCUGGAAGAUAUAUGUCUUGUGGAGAAAAUCACGGUGUCAAACCCCCAAAUCCAGAACAAUAUUUGACUCCUCUACAGCAGAAGGAGGUCACCGUGAGGCACCUGAGGACCAAGCUGAAGGAGUCUGAGCGCCGACUUCAUGAGAGGGAGUCUGAGAUCGUGGAGCUCAAGUCUCAGCUGACACGGAUGAGGGAAGACUGGAUUGAAGAAGAGUGCCACAGAGUGGAGGCCCAGUUGGCACUCAAGGAAGCCAGGAAGGAGAUUAAACAGCUCAAACAGGUCAUUGAGACCAUGAGGAACAACUUGGCUGAUAAAGACAAAGGCAUUCAGAAGUACUUCGUGGACAUAAACAUCCAAAACAAGAAGUUAGAGUCCCUACUCCAAAGCAUGGAGAUGGCACACAAUAGCUCCCUGAGGGAUGAACUGUGCCUAGACUUUUCCUGUGAUUCCCCAGAGAAAAGCUUACCCCCGAGCACUGCAUUUGGCAAGAUGGCAGAUGGGUUAUCUCUGGAGGAACAGGUUACAGAGGAAGGUGCUGACAGCGAGCUUCUGUUGGGAGACAGCAUGGCCGAGGGCACAGAUAUGUUAGAUGAGAUGGUGACCGCCACCGCCACAGAAUCUGAUGACCUGGAGUUUGUUCAUUCUACCCCAGGGCCACAAGCCCUCAAGGCUCUCCCCUUGGUGAGCCAGGAAGAGGUCAGUCUGGUGGUGGAGCAAGCCGUGCAGACCGACGUGGUGCCCUUCAGCCCUGCCAUCUCAGAGCUCCUUCAGAGCGUGCUAAAGCUUCAGGACUCCUGUCCCACAAGCUCAGCAUCCCCAGAUGAAUCUGGAGCUGACUCAAUGGAAAGCUUCCCAGAAUCCAUCUCUGCCUUAAUGGUUGAUUUAACUCCAAGAAGUCCCAACUCAGCCAUCCUUCUGUCUCCCGUGGAGAUUCCAUUCAGCAAGGCAGCUGUGGAAGCCGGUACAAAUCGCCUCAUGAGAGAGCUAGAUUUUGCAGCCUACACAGAAGAAAGGUUGGACAGCAUCCUCUCGCUGUCUCAGGGAGGCGUCGUGAGGCAGUACUGGAGCAGCAGUUUCUUGGUGGAUCUACUGGCCGUGGCUGCCCCUGUGGUGCCCACUGUUCUGUGGGCAUUCAGUACUCAGAGAGGGGGUACAGACCCUGUCUACAAUAUCGGAGCCUUGCUCCGGGGCUGCUGUGUGGUGGCCCUACACUCCCUACGCCGCACAGCUUUCCACAUCAAAACCUAAUUAGUCGUUACUGUGUGCCAAUGUGUCCGUGUGGUGUUAUGCCAGGUAGAGCAACAGCAGGUGGGUCAGUGGAAGUCUCUAUUCUGUCGUUUUGCUCCUCGCUGUUUGAUUUGCACUAUAGUCAGUUGAAGCCCGGUCACUGUCGGAAAACCAGAGGUAAUCUUCCAAGGCAUGGAAACCUAGUUCUGGUAGCUGUCCCCACCAGAGUGGUGUAGAAAGCAUGCUUAUGCCCCUGCCGUGUCGUCUGAGGUGCCCGUUCUCAUACUCAUGGUUCAGGAAGAGAAAAUGCAGUUCGCACUUUCACCACAGCCUUCCCCAAGGCUGGCAUGUUAUCUCCUUGCUUCGCUUUGUGCCGUUUCAAAGUGUGUAAUUGUUCCAGCAUUCCAAUGGUCUUGUGCAUAGCAGGGGACUGUAACCAAAAAUAAAAAUGUAUUUGUGUAACUGGUUCAAAGAACACUUGAAUAGCUCUUUAUUGUCUUUCUUGAGGUUGAUAAGGUUUGAGUGUUUGGAUUUUUUUUUUUUUAACUAAAUGUAGCUCCAAAGUCUUAAAAGGCUCAUUAGCUCUUAAACCUGUCAGUGGAUGGAACUGUGUAAAUUUACAAUGUUACAAUGUACUAACUUAUUUUUUGCUUAUUAUAUAUAGUGUUUUAUUGGAAAUUGUUUGUAUCCACACACUUCAGCAUGAAAAUAAAAAUUAGUGUUUCCAUUUAA